AUGAGGCCCCUCGUGCCUGCAAGGGCCGAGUUGGGUGUUGGGAGAUACGACGCCGAGGUGGCCGCCGUCCGCGGCGCCGUGGAGCGCGUCGUGCUCGACCUCAUCACUGGCGCCCGCUCCACCCCCGACAUCAAGCGCGCCCUGCUGUCCCACUCCCCCGGCCUCGCCGCGUUCUUCGGCCGCCGCGACGUCAACGGCGUGCUGCUGCCGCUGCUGAUCACGUGCCUAAACGCGGGCAGCUGGCAGCUGCGGGGCGCGUUCUUCGGGGCGGUGGCGGGAAUAGGGCCGCGCGGGGGCCGCGGCAGCCUGGACGUGUUCCUGCUGCCCUGCCUCGAGCAGGCCCUGGUGGACCCCGAGGCGGCAGUGGUGGCGGACGCGGUGGGCUGCGUGGCGGCGGUGGCCGGCCACCUCAGGAAGCGCAACCUCCUCGCAGCUGCCAGAAAGAUCGUCCCCCUGCUGCGGCACUCCAAAGCCGCCGUGCGCCAGGCCGCCGUCGGCUUCGUGGCUGCGGCUGCGGCCGCGCUGCCCCCUGCUGACGUGUACACCCAGCUGCGGGGCAUGGUGCUGCCCCAGCUGGCGGGGGUCCCCAUCGUGCUGAACGGCCCCGCAGCCGGCGUCCGCCGUGCGCGCGGCGGGGCUGCUGCUGCGGCCGGCGGCGCCGCUGUAUUCGGUUGA